UCUCUGGAAAACUGUCUACAUCCCUUCUUUCUGUGCUAAAAGCAGGCUGGGAUGGGAAUAGAUUCCACUUGUGAGGCACAGUGGCUCAGAUGAAAAGUCUCUCUCCUCAGCAUUGUAAUAAAUGGAUAGUAAUGCCCAUUUAUGUUUGUACAGAUGUUUCCACAACAUGUUCACAUCUCUUUUGUUACUUAGCUCUCAAACCAGUCUGGCGAGGGCUCCAUUCUGAGUGUGGGAGACUGAGGAAUGGCAACUUGUUCCAGAUGGGAAAGUUGGAUGGCAGAGCUGGGCUGCAGAUCCAGUCUUCCAGCCCCCAGGGCCCUGGCAGCAUCAUGACCCUUCACACGUUGCCCAGAAGCCCUGGUAUGGGCACUGUUUUUCCUGCCCUGUGGUCUGGCCCUAGGUCUUUUACAUAAAUGUUCAUGCAUGCAUGCACACACAUCCAUAUACACAUACAUGGGCACACACACGUGCACACAUACGAUUUUUUUUUCUUUCUUCCCUAUCUAAUGAUGCAUUCUUAUAGCUGUUUUUCCUUUGGUGUCCUGGUUAAAGCAGUUCUGCCAUAUGAAUUUUCUGUUAAUAUCAAAUAUCCUCCAUUUCUUGUGUUUCCAACCUCUCUCUCUCUCUGUACCUCUCUCUCUUCCCCUUUCUACCUCCUCUCUCUUGCACAUUAGUGACAGACUUAGGAAAGCCCUGUGACUAACAUCUGCAGAGGACCCAUGCAAAAUACAUGAUUUUAUUAAGUAAUGUGAUGAUCUUUGUAGAGAAGAAAGACGUAAGAUUUAAAACUAUGGAGGUUUAGAAAUCAUUUUUCUCCUUUAUUUCUUGAGAAAUGUGUCAGAAAUAAAUAAGAACAGUCAAUUGAUGCUUUUCAGUGUGUUUUAGGCUUCAACUGUGGGUAAUAAUUUUUACCCUGAAGAUAACAUUUGGGGUGAAAAUGGACAACUGAAGCUUCCAAACUUUCAGAGGAGUUACCUUAGCAUCUUAGAUUUUCUUUCCUUGGUAAGUUCAGAGAAAGAUCAUAUGAUUAUUGACUCUGAAUCUCUCUAAUGUACAAGGCAUGUGCUGGCCACUGUGGGGUUUAGGGACUAGAUCAGAGAGGGCUGUGAAGCUCAAGACUAUCAGAGAGGAAAUUCAUAGAACAUGAAGAUCAUUUUUAUUUUUGAGUAGCUAUUAUAUUAUUGAAACCGUGGUAGAAAUUGUUCUUGGAUUAUGCCAUUUUAUCUUCGUCUCACGCAAUUAUUAGUGACUUUUUAUUUUUAUUUUAUAAGCACUUAUUAUGUAUUGGCCCCUAUCAUAAUGUUUUACAUUCAUCAUCUUAUUUAAUUUUUAUCACAAUCUUCAAGGCAGUGUUAGAUACUAUUAUCAUUGUUCUCAUUGGUUAGAUGAAGAAACUGAGGCACAGAGAGUCUGAAUAACUUGUCCAAGUCACACAGCUAGUAAGUGAUGGAACCUCUCUGGUCUUCCUGUCUCCUAAACAUGUGUUCUUUCUGCUGCACCACUUGGCAAAAAAUUAAUGAGUAGAUAGCUAGACAGUGCUAAUGAUGAGUAGAGGACUGUGUAGUUUGCUGCUGUCAGAGCUGGGGCAGAACCUGGGUAUUUACAGAGUUCAGAAAUUUGAAAUUGGACAAGGGUUCAAAUCCUAGGUGCUUCUUAGUGUUUGUCAAAACCUUGGUUAAAUGACCUCUUCGAGUCUUGGUGUCUUUCUUUAAAUUCAGGAUGAUAGCAUCCCUCUCCCAAUGUCACUGUGAGAAUAAAUUAGAAAAUAUAUGUGAGAGCCUCCAGUGGUGCCUGGCUCCUGGUGGAUGUUUAUCCAGCGUGGGAAGUACCCAGGGCCAGGCAUUGUGUGUGCAGGUAGGAACAGCCAUCAAAGCCGCAACCACCAGGGUUUAAAACUGUCCACUAUGAGAUAUUAGAGAACUGUGGGCAAACAACUUCAUCUCUCUGGUACCUCAAUUUUCUCAUCUUUAUAGCCUGUACUUACAUUCUGGGGUCAUUGUGAGAGUGAAAUAAGCUAAAAGAUGAGUUAAAAGAUUAACUUAAUAGUUAAAAACGUUUGUAAAGUGUAUUUCACCGUGUCUGGCACAGCAAGCGCUUUGUGUUAGCUCUCAUUAUUUGGUCCUGCUACAAUGAUGAAAGAUGGGUACCAAGUGAAUGGUUUAUGGCUGUUUUAGGACCCUGACCUGAUCACUCAAGGACCAGGAGCCAGUUUAGCCUGGGGCAUACGAAUCGAAAGCAUUUGCACAGCCAUUCGUGACCUUGGAAAAGUUUUGGCUUCUCAGUCCUUGAUCUUUGCUUAUCUGUAGAUGGUAGUUGAGAGAGUAAACUUCAGAUGAUAGAGCCUGUGUGGGGAGUGAAAGACAGCCACAUCCUUGAUAAGCUGCUUCCUGGAGUGUCAUCAUGUGGCUACUGGGUUUGCUGAUCAAAGCUGGCCUGUGGGGUGGAAUUUUUUCUGUGUCACCCAGGCAGGGUCUGUCUUCCCUCAGUCUGCACAUCCCUGGAACCUGUCUUCAGCACUGGCUCCCACUUCCCUCCUUUCCAGAAGACACUGGUAUGCUGGGGCCGCUUCCUCCUGGGACCAUCUCUUCUGCACCCAAAGGAGACACUAGCAUUGCCGUUUGCUGACCCUUGUGUCCACUGAUCAUUCCAAGAACGAGCUGUCCAAGAUUCAACAAUGUCUCACCCAUCUUGGCUGCCACCAAAAAGCACUGCUGAGCCUCUUGGCCAUGUGUCUGCACGGAUGGAGACCACCCAUUCCUUUGGGACCCCCAGCAUUUCAGUGUCCACACAGCAACCACCCAAGAAAUUUGCCCCAGUCGUUGCGCCAAAGCCCAAGUACAACCCAUACAAGCAACCUGGUGGUGAAGGUGAUUUUCUUCCACCCCCACCUCCACCUCUCGAUGAUUCCAGUGCUCUUCCAUCAGGCUCCGGAAACUUCCCUCCUCCCCCGCCCCUUGAUGACGGUGCUUUCAGGGGACAGGGAAAUCCUGGAGGCAAGACCCUUGAGGAGAGACGCUCCAGCCUGGAUGCUGAGAUUGACUCACUGACUAGCAUCUUGGCUGACCUGGAGUGCAGCUCCCCCUACAAGCCUCGGCCCCCGCAGGGUACUACUAGUUCAACAGCUUCUCCUCCAGUCUCCACCCCUGUCACAGGACAUAAGAGAAUGGUCAUACCAAACCAACCCCCUCUGACAGCAACUAAGAAGUCUACAAUGAAGCCACAGCCUGCACCCCAGGCUGGACCAAUCCCUGUGGCUCCAAUUGGAACACUAAAACCCCAGCCUCAGCCUGUUCCAGCUUCUUACACUACAGCAUCCACCCCUUCAAGACCUACCUUCAAUGUGCAGGUGAAGUCAGCCCAGCCCAGCUCCCAUUACAUGGCUGCUCCUUCACCAGGACAAUUUUAUGGUUCAGGGCCAGGGGCCCAAGGUUAUAACACUCAACCAGUUCCUAUGUCUGGCCAGGGUCCACCUCCUUCUACACGGGGAGGCAUGGAUUAUGCAUAUGUUCCACCACCAGGACUUCAGCCUGAGCCUGGGUAUGGGUAUGCUCCCAACCAAGGACGCUAUUAUGAACCCUAUUGCGCAGUGGGGCCUGGCUAUGGGGGCAAAAAUGACUCUGAUCCUUCCUAUGGUCAACAAGGCCAUCCAAAUACCUGGAAGCGGGAACAAGGGUAUACUCCUUCUGGCCCUGGGAACCAGAACCCUGCUGGGAUGUAUCCAGUUGCUGGUCCCAAGAAGACCUAUAUCACAGAUCCUGUUCCAGCGCCCUGUGUACCACCACUGCAACCGAAGGGUGGACCAGCAGGGUCCAUGGGACCUCCAGCUGCACCCUCCUCAUUCCGCCCUGAAGAUGAGCUUGAGCACCUGACCAAGAAGAUGCUGUAUGACAUGGAAAAUCCACCUGCUGAUGAAUACUUUGGCCGCUGUGCUCGCUGUGGGGAAAACGUAGUUGGGGAAGGGACAGGAUGCACUGCCAUGGAUCAGGUCUUCCACGUGGAUUGUUUUACCUGCAUCAUCUGUAACAACAAGCUCCGAGGGCAGCCCUUCUACGCGGUGGAGAAGAAAGCCUACUGCGAGCCCUGCUACAUUAAUACCCUGGAGCAAUGCAGCGUUUGCUCCAAGCCCAUCAUGGAGCGGAUUCUCCGAGCCACAGGGAAGGCUUAUCAUCCUCACUGCUUUACCUGUGUGAUGUGCUGCCGCAGCCUGGAUGGGAUCCCAUUCACCGUGGACGCUGGUGGCCUCAUCCACUGCAUUGAGGACUUCCACAAGAAAUUUGCUCCCCGCUGUUCUGUGUGCAAGGAGCCUAUCAUGCCUGCCCCUGGCCAGGAGGAGACUGUCCGGAUUGUGGCUCUGGAUCGUGAUUUCCAUGUUCACUGCUACCGGUGUGAGGAUUGUGGUGGUCUCCUGUCUGAAGGAGAUAACCAAGGCUGCUACCCGCUAGAUGGACACAUCCUCUGCAAGACCUGCAACUCUGCCCGCAUCAGGGUGUUGACCGCCAAGGCCAGCACUGACCUUUAAAUCCAGUCGCCUGUUUAGCGGUUAGUUGGUGGAUCCGAGAAGGAUGAAACCCAAGAAAAAUAUGACAAGAGAAAUAGGAAAAGAAAGGAAAGGCAAUCAAGCUAUGGGAUGGUCUCUACUUCAUCCACUAUUAACCUUUCUGUAGAAACACCUAGAAUAUGAGAUUUUUUUUUAAGUUCUUACAAUACACAUUUCACAGUUAGUCAUGUAGAACCUUGAUAGGCCUUUGUUCCCAAGGACUUGCACAUUUUUGCAUGGAUUAUGCUCCAUCCCAUUCACUUCUGCAUUCCUUUAACUUUUAAUCCCUAUGUUUGUCUCACUUUUCAUCUGGUUGAAUGGCUUUUUUUAGUGUGGUAUUUGCUGUCACACAGUUUUUCCUGGGGAAGUCUGCCAACUCCCAGGUGCUUUUCGGCUUGAAGGCUCCAUCCUAUCACUUCCACACUGCCAGCGAUCAUAAAAGAUAGUCAUUCAUUUUCUGUGUAUUGAAAAAAAUUGUCUUUUAUUGCUCUAAACUAGUCAUGUCCCUUGGGGAAAAAAUGCACAAUUUUAUGUCAGAUUAUAAAGAAUUUAAACUGUAAAUUACAUAGAUUAAAAGAAGCUGAAUUUGCAGCCAUCCCAAUUCAAAAUCUAUAAUGACCAGUGGUGCGGCUCAUUUGAAAAUAGAUAUUGGUGAGAGAGAACCAAACUUCAAUAUUUUUUCUGCAGAAAUGACUGAUGGGGUAUGCUGGAUAAAGCAUUUUGGGGUUACAUUUGAAAAGGCAUUAUUAUGCCUCAAAUGUUAAAAUUUUCUUUUUCCAUGCUACCUGGAUAUAAUAAUAUGGACAAACUUGGUUUUCUCUAGAAUAUAACUUCCAAUACUGUUCCACUUUUCAUAUCGGAUAUAUUGUGACAUUUUGUUUGUUUGUUUGGGGAGGGAGGACAUACAAACACAACUACCAGAAUGUGUAGUUGUGUCCUCUAGAGGAAGAUCUCUACAGAGAACUGUUCGGUUUGUUUUUUUUUUUCCCAGGCCUAGGUCCAUUUUACCUGACAAUUGCAAAUCGGGACACAUAAAAUUGUCUUGGUUUUGUUUAGUUUACCUUAAAAAGACAGGAAACUUGAAAAGGUUGUGAAACCACAGUUUCAUCAUUCUUAUAAUUCUUCUGCAACUCAAAAUACAUAUUGCAGGAGACAUUUUCAUAUCACUGAUGUGACAUUUACACCACACUUUCAUAGACAAUCACUGAAAAGAAAUUGCCUUUUUGAACUAAAAAUAUGCAGAGUCUAGAAUCUUUAGUCAGAUUCUUUUGAGGCAGUGAAAUGCUUGCCUGCUAACUGCAGAACCACAUACAUUUUUUUUUUAAUGUUCUAACACGUUUCCUUUAAGGAAGGACCCUUCUCUUAAUAGCAGGUUACCAUCUUGUAAACUAAGUAUUUUGGAUUAAGAUUUGUUCAAAUCUUUUUUAAGAUUAGGUCAACCUUUUUAAAAACUUUCUGCAAGUAUAUACUUUUAAAUUACAAAGUAUUUUAAAUAUAGCAAAAAUAUAGAUAAUAAUAUAAUGGAUCUCUGUGAUACCCAGUUUAAGAAAUCAAAUAUAACAAAUAUAGCUACAUUCCCCCCAUACCCUUCCUUGAUUCCACAAAGAUCUUUUUCAUGAUUAGAAAGUGAUAAACUUUUCUAGUCUGACUUUGUUUUUAAUUUUAACACUCAGAAAUGAAAAAUUAUUUGUGAAUGUUUUGCAUUGCAAUCCAGACCUCAAGCAUCCCAAUUACAUUUAUUUUACUUUAGUAGGAAUAAUCAUAAAGGUGGUUCAUUUUUUUUUUUUUUUUCCCAAUAAGAUAUCCUUAAGCCUAUGGCUCUUCUAAGUCAAUCUGUGGCUCAUUUGCUUUGGUUACCAGUUUUGUUUUAGAACGACCACAGCUAGAGCUUUUCAAAGGGUCCUUUGACCACUGUGCUUUCCUUACCUUGAUUCCCUUGUCCUUGACCUCACAUUUCUCAUAAUGUGAAAUACAAGAGGUCCACUUUGGGCAGCAUGUGGAUUUUAGGAUACAAUGGCAACUGUAUCACUGAAUUUCUGUCUUCCAAAUGAAAGGAGAGACCAUGCUGAUGGCCUCAAAGAGUACUGACCAUUAGACAAUUGGGGUGAUACUAUCUAUAAUCAGCUUGAAUUGCUUCAGCAAUUUGUUUUUUAUGAAAUACUUGGGGAAAAAAUAUCUUUUGGUCAAAAGGAAAGAGCCCAAUUUAUUGAGGGGUGGAGUUUAUCUCUUAAAAUACAGUCUUAUGAAUUUUGCCAAAAGAGGGAGGAUUUAUGAAAUAUUUAUACUAUAAAAAUGCAGUAACAUUCUACUUGUUGGUUACAUUUAAGUUCUUAUGUAACUGAAUGUUUACAUGCCAAGAAAAAAAAGAGAGUUAUAAGAAAAGGCUGUUACAGGCCCCUCACUGUGACACUGCCAGAAUAGUGCUUGCUUACAAUCUUUAUAGUGUGUUUUUAUCACAUAACCUCAGAGUAUCUUUACCAAAGAUUUUUAAAGUAAAUCUCUUUUUAAUAUAGACUUAUCAUACUUUUAUAAUAAUGAAUGUGCACACCUACAUAUACAGAAUAUUUAGAUUUAGAUUUUUUUUCUUUCACAAGGUAUAAUAAGGAAAGGAUCCUAAAAUAUUUUAUUUCAGGAUUUCUUAAUUAUAUGAUUUAUAUUGCUUUCUUGUCUUCUAUUAAUCAUUUGGUAUCAGCAAUGCCAAAUCACUCUUUACUGUUUUAGCUACAUGAAAUGAUGCCUAUAACAGAUAUAAAGAUCUAGUGCCUUAAGGAUUAUAAUUCUACUGUCUUAUGAUAUAUUGUCUUGAUUGUUAUCAUUUAAAGACAUAGAUAAUAGAAAAAAAUCAUAGAGUCUUUAUAAGAAAAAGUUUGUAAAAAUAUACUAAAAAAUAUACCGGUUUUAAAAAAAAUUGUCACAAACAAAUAUUUGGUAAUUCCAUGUAACAUGAGAGACAUGGAAAAGGAGAAAAAACCCACUAUGUCCUGGGCUCUGCAGAUUGUUUUAUGGUUAGGUUUCUCCACCACCUGGAUCCCCAGCUCAUACUGACUCAGUAUGGAGUCUCCUCUGUGAACAGAUUGGCCUUUAAAACUCAAAAUAAGUCAUGUGUUCCAGCUAAAUGCAUCAAAGCUUUGAGAUCCUGGACAUCUCUGCAGCCCAAUGAUGUGGGUUCUUUUUCCUUUCAUUAAAAAAUUGUUUUUACCAGAGCAACUUCUCUGAUCACAAUGACUUCACUGUGUGUAUGCCGAUGAAUACAGAGGAGAUAUCAACACUGUAACUGUUUCCUCACUAAGAUUCUGCAGAGAUGUUUGCGAUGAUGUUUCAAGUAUAUAAUAUUCUAAUUGCAUUUAAACAAGUAUUUUGUAUUUGGGUUCAGGAGAAGGAAGAGAGCAUUUUACCAUGGGGCUGUCGUAGAGGGUUUAUGGAAUAUAGACAGGACUCUGAAAACACAACUCCCAACAGUUUUCCUAGUUAAUAAAAAUCCUAUUAAUGUGAA